AUGAAGAAAAUUGAGGAGAUUAUGGAUUUGCAACUUGAGUUGGACAUUCUGAAAGUUAUAGUUCAAGAAGAAAGGUUGCAUCGCAAUGAAUUGGAGCAAAGUGCUGAAUCCAUGAUGCAAGACAUAGAGUCAUCAAAAGAGCAGCUUCUGUUAGUGACCAAGAAAUGUGAAGAUGUUCAGGCAGAACUCGGGGAAGCAAAAUCCAUUAUUGAAGCUCUUGAAUCUCAACAUCUCUUAGCAAUCACUGAGGUAGAAGAUCUAAGAAACAGUAACAGCCAUUAUGCUGAAUUACUGCAGAAACAGGAGCUUGAAAUCUCUUCCUUGAAGGAGCAAAUGAUUCGUCAAGAAUUGAGAGAUCUCUCAUCUUCGAAGCUCUUAGAAAGUGAUGAUUCUCCCUUGCAAGCAAAGCUUAAAAAGAUGCAUGAUUCCCUUGAGAAGGCCAAAAUGUUGAAUCGGCGGUACCAAAAUGACUGUGAAUUUCAAGUCUCAAAUGAGGAAGCGAUGGAUGAAAUAAGUAGGCAGGCUGAGGCAGAAACUGCUGAAGUGAUUGUAUGCUUGCAGGAAGAACUCCUUCUUCUGCAGCAGGAAGUCAGAAAUAGUAGCUUGAAAGAGAUGGAGAGCACAAAGAGGUUAACUGAGCUGGAAACAGAGGUUAAAAGUUUGGAGGCAAAAUUGUCUUUGAUGACAGAAGAAAAUCGAAAACUUGGUGAAAUUGUACAUGAAAAAGAAAAAGAGUUAAUAGAUAUGUCUGAAGAAUGGGCACAGGUAAACAGCGAGAUUGAAGCUAUUGUAAGUGGGGGGCAUGAGGCUCUCAAAGAUGCCUGUGAGCAACUGGAUUUUAUUUCCAGUACAUUUCCAGAUAAGAGAAGUAGGAUAUCUGAACAAUUUGGCAGAAUGACAAAAUGCAUUUUUGAAAAGGAUUUAUUUAUUGAAGAGCUCAAUCAGAGUCUGGAGAAUGCUCUCAACAAAAGGAAUGAUAUGGAAUCCAUGUUGAGAUCUCUUAGAGGGGCAGCUUUAGUUAUGACGGAGGCGCACCAGCUAGAUUGCCGUGAAAAGGAUGCUGAGAUACUUUCUUUGACAUCCCAGUUAAGCUCAAAGGCACAUGUCAUCUCAGAACUUGAGAACAAGAUUAAGCAUGGGGAGGAUCAACUCAGAAAGGCGUCGGUCAGUGCAACUGUUGCUUUUGUGGUGGUUAACUGGUUGUCUGAACAGAAUUCCAACUAUAUUGAUGCUUUAAGCCAGAAGGACAUGCAGCUUAAGGAAUCUCUAGAAACAAGCAGACAGAAGGAUGCUAUUCUCUGUGAUCAGGCCUCAGUAGUCGCUGCUGCAGAGAAUCAAAAUGAGUCUCUUGAGGAGCAAAGACAAAAGCUUGAAGAAAGUGAUCUGUUGAAAACGAUUGAGAAACUUACAGAGCUGCAAGUAGGUGUUUCAACAGUACGUUCGCACCUGAGUGAGUGCGUGGAAAGAAGUGGAAGUCCUGGAAAAGAUAUUAGCAAUGAAACUGAUGCAUCUUUUUCUUCUGAUUACAAGUUUGAAACACGGACAGGUACUGAGAUAAGACAACACAGCCAGCACCUAGAGUCAUGCACUCUUGAAGAUAGGACAGCUGAAAAACCAGACCAUUCUUCUGACAAAAGCAAUAACAUGCUUAAAUCAGCCAGCAAUCGGAAAACUUUUCAAAUGAAUUGGAAGGAUAAGAAUGCCAGAGAUGAUACAAUUAUUCUACUAAGGAAAGAAAUGGAAUCUGCUCUUGAAUGCUUAAAAGGAAUGCAAGCUGAAAUGGCCAAAUUAUGCGUUGAGAAAGAAGCAUUGCAGUCAUCUGAGCAAAAGAGUAGAGAGAGGAUUGGAGAUUUUGUGACUGCAGUAACUUCUCUACAGACCUAUAUGGAUAAGUUUGAACAUGAACUUGAAUUUAAAGUGGAGUUAGUAGAUGAUAAAUUACAGAAAAUAGAAGAUGCUGUGCAAGAGUCCUGCAGCUCCUGGUAUGAGCAAAAAAAGCUACUUGAAGCUGAACUUUGUGAUGCUAAGGCAGUGGCGGCCCAGAAAACUACGGAAGCUUUCUGCAUUCUAGCCAAAUUCGAAGAGGUCCAAGAUACCAUGAAAGAUGCAGACAUCAUGAUAAAUGAACUGAUGAUAGCAAAUGAAUCCUUAAAGCUUGACAUCAAAGAUCUUAAGAGGAAGGAGAUCAGCUUAGCCGAGCAGAGAGACAUCCUUGUUAAUGAAAAUCAAAGCUUGCAGUCGGCUAAUGAUCUAAAUAACAUGCAUUCAAGACUGGAGCAUGAGUUUGAGUCAGAUCUGGCAAUGAUGCAAAGGCUGGUAUUAGAGAUGGAGGAUAUAGUUUCACAAACAACAACCACUUCCACAGAUGAGCUGAAGUCUGUAACUACUGAUCUCCUUAUCAGAAAGUCUCAGCUUCAUGAAUCAAACUAAGUGCAUGAGGUCAUGGCUUGAGGAUAUCUGGUCAGAUAUUAUCGUCAAGGACUGCGCUCUGUCUGUCUUGCA